UGCCAUUCACUGACUUGAAAAAAUAUCCACAGCUUGUUCAGUAAAAAGAACAAAAUCUGUGAAUGCUCCAAUCCCAUUUGUGAAAAGAGAAACAUCAAGAACUCAGUAGAGUAUUCCCUUGGUUCUCUUCCUCGUCCUGCCCCUUCUCGCUCCCUGUCUUGCCUCCCCUGCAGCUCCCCGUGACCAUGGUGGUGUCUCUGAUUUCAGGUGAGUACCCAGGGGCUGGCUCCAGCAGCGUAUUCUCUGUUCUGAGCAACAGGGCGGUGGUGAAACGGGAGCGCCUGAAGGCUGUGGUGGGGGGCUGCCGCCAUAGGGUCAACAACCUCUUGGAUGACAAGUAUACACCACGACCUGUGAACCAGAUCAUUUACUCUGCAAAGGCGAAGGUUGGUCAGGAGAUGGAAUACAGUCUUCUGCACGGGAACUGUGAGCACUUUGUCACCAACCUGAGAUAUGGUGUGCCCGAGAGCAGACAGGUCAGAGAUGCCGUCGUGGCGACUGGCUUCGCAGGAUUGGGCUUUGCACUCGUUGCUGCCUUUGCACUCAUGGCAAGAAACAACAAGCAGAAGCAAUAAGUUGAGCGGCCUGUCCGGUCGUCAGUGACUUUACACAUUUACGGGGUAUGGUUGGGCCAGAGCUUUGGUUUGUGGAUUUCAUUCUGUUUUAUAAUAAGGCUUAUUUUAACAGAAUAAAAUAGAGCCCAACAAAGGAGCCCUUUACUGGA